AUGUACGACUCUUCAGUCUCCGCCGCGGAGAAUAAGAUUGAGCAUCAUGGAAGCGGUGAUCCGAAGGUGCCCAACUAUUAUGGCGAAGAAGAUGGUGCCCCGGUAAAAGGGGAGCUGGAGCUCAAUGUUGGUGGCCGUGGUGCCACUCAGCGUCGUCUCAAGAACUACCACAUUAGCAUGAUUGGAUUCUGCGGUGGUAUUGGAACUGGUCUCUUCGUUGGAACCGGCUCGGCCUAUGCGAAAGCAGGGCCUGCCGGAUUGUUGUUGGCAUAUAUUGUCGUGGGGUUUGUGCUGUGGUGUGUCAUGCAAAGUAUCGCCGAAUUGGCGACCGUCUUUCCUACUGCAGGCUCCUUCCCCCACUGGGCUACUCGGUUCAUCGAUCCCGCCGUCGGUUUCUCUCUCGCCAUCACUUACGGAUACUGUUACACUAUUGCCAUUGCUUCGGAGGUCUCCGCGGCUGCGGUAGUGGUGAGCUACUGGUCGGAUAUAACUCCGGCCGUGGUAAUAACAGUCGGGUUAGGACUGAUAUUAAUUAUCAACCUGAUGAGUGUCCGUUUCUAUGGUGAGAGUGAAGUCGUGUCAGGUGCCGUUAAGGUCUUGUGUUUUCUGGGCUUGGUGGUCGCCGCCAUCGUGAUCACCGCAGGCGGCGGCCCGAACCACGAGACCAUCGGCUUUCGCUACUGGCACAACCCUGGUCCCUGGACCAACUAUAAUGGCAUUACAGGACCUACAGGUCACUUCCUUGGGUUCCUUUCGGCCUUUGUCAACGCCUCCUUCAGCUUUGUUGGUGUCGAGACCGUCGUUAUCGCCGCCGCCGAAGCCAUCGACCCGCACCGCGCCAUUCCCAAGGCAGCGCGUCGCGUCACCUACCGCAUCGCCUUUUUCUACAUUCUCGGUGCCCUGCUGAUUGGAAUGAUCGUUGAUCCCCGGACUUCUGGCCUCACCUCGGGCUCUGGCAAUGCCGACAGCUCCCCAUGGGUCAUUGCCAUCAAGCAAGCUGGCAUCAGUGGUCUGCCUUCGGUUGUCAACGCCUGUAUUUUGGUUUCUGCCUGGUCCGCCGGUAACUCCUACUGCUGGGUCGGCUCUCGCAUGAUCGUGGCCAUGACGACCGACCGACAGCUUCCCCAGUUCUUCGGCAAGGUCACCAAGAAGGGUGUUCCGUACGUGGCGGUGGUCGUCUCCUGGCUCUUCGGGCCUUUGGCGUAUCUGAUCCGUUCAGGUCUCGGAAGUGGCGGUCCUUCUCAAGCCUUCACUUGGCUCCUCAACCUCAGCACGGUUGCCGGCUUGAUUGCUUGGGCGACCCUCUGCUUUUGUUACAUUCGCUUCCAUCGGGCGAUGAAGGUUCAAGGUCAGAGUCGCGAUACUCUGCCUUGGCAGGGUCCUUUCCAGCCCUACACUGCGUGGGUGGGAUUCAUCGGAUCCACUAUCAUUACGCUCGUGGCUGGCUUCCCCGUGUUCCUUAAGGGCAACUGGUCCACCUCGGACUUCUUCGCCUCGUACGUCGGUAUCCCAAUCUUUGUUGUGCCAAUUAUCCUUUGGAAGAUUUUCAAACGCAGCAAGUUCGUCCGCGCAUCCACCUUGGAUCUCUGGUCUGGUCGCCUAAUGGAGGGAGAGAUCAUUAUCAAGGACCACGGACCGAAGACGCCAUUGAAGCGCUUCGUCGAUUGGAUCUUCUGA